AUGGGGGGCAGCGCCCGGAACCCGGGAGUCCUGCAAAGGGACGACGCCCCCAGCCAGUCUCCGUACCAGCGGUUAAGUCAAAGGAUGCUGGACCUUUCCGGGGACCGGGGCGUGCUGAAGGAUGUCAUCCGAGAGGGUUCUGGAGAGCUGGUGACACCGGACGCUUCGGUGCUCGUGAAAUAUUCUGGGUAUCUGGAGCACAUGGACAAGCCUUUUGAUUCCAAUUGCUUUAGGAAAACCCCUCGGCUCAUGAAACUUGGAGAGGAUAUCACACUUUGGGGCAUGGAGCUGGGCCUUCUGAGCAUGCGGAGAGGAGAGCUGGCCAGGUUUCUGUUCAAACCGACCUAUGCUUACGGAAUGCUGGGCUGUCCUCCCCUGAUCCCCCCAAACACUACCGUCUUGUUCGAGAUCGAGCUGCUUGACUUCCUGGAUUCUGCUGAGUCAGACAAGUUUUGUGCCCUCUCAGCCGAGCAACAGGAUCAGUUUCCACUUCAGAAGGUCCUAAAAGUGGCAGCUACUGAACGGGAGUUUGGCAACUACCUUUUCCGCCAAAAUCGUUUCUAUGAUGCCAAAGUGAGAUAUAAACAGGCCUUGUUGCUUCUCCACCGGCGAUCAGUACCCCUUGAAGAGCAGCACCUGGUGGAGACCGCCAAGCUGCUUGUCCUCCUUAACCUAUCCUUCACGUACCUGAAGCUGGAGCGACCUGCCGUGGCCCUGCGCUAUGGAGAGCAGGCUCUGAGCAUUGACCAGAAGAACGCCAAGGCCCUCUUCCGAUGCGGACAGGCCUGUCUCCUCAUGACUGAGUAUCAGAAGGCCCGGGAUUUUCUAGUCCGAGCCCAGAAGGAACAGCCCUUCAAUCAUGACAUCAAUAACGAGCUGAAGAAACUGGCCAGCUAUUACAGGGAUUACAUGGGUAAAGAGAAAGAAAUGUGUCACCGAAUGUUUGCUCCUGGUGAACAUGGCUCUACAGUAGGAGAAAACUAA